CCCCCGACCUUGCACUGCACCACUGGCUAGUCACACUCAUCAGACAGCGCCUCAGAUGAGUGGUAUGAUGGCUGCAGGGAGGAGUAGGAUGCUCGUCCCUCUCAGGCCACGGCCGCUCUGGCAGCAAUGGACCCUCCUCGCCGGCCUCGCCGCCGCCUUCACGGUGACCCUACUCUCCAUCGUGCUCCUACUCUCCUCCCUUCCCGCCUCCUCCUCCCCACUACCCCGCCGGCGCCACGCCAUCGACACGAGAUCCACGACCUCGCGUGGCCCUCCCGCACACUGCAGCGCGAUGGGCGCGAGCCUAGGGGAGUUCGGCGACAUGAUGGUGUCCAUGCUCCCGAGGGACCUCGCUUUCACCGCCUUCGUGCCCUCGCCGGAGUCGUUCCGCCGCGUCCUCAGGCUGCGCCACAACGACAGCGCCGCGGGGCUGAAGCCCAGCGACGACACCUACGCCGUCGUCUCUCGCGUGCUCGGCUUCUCCGCCGUGCCUCGGCGCCUGCGCUCCGAGGACGUGGCUCCGCGCGGGACGGCGCGGCUCCUGGGCCUGGACUCCGUGUCCGGACUCAAGGUGCGCCCGUGGAGGGACGUCGACGGGGCUCUCGUCGUCAACGGCGUGCGGUCGGAGUGCGUCGAUAUCGUCAGGGACGAGACCGUGGUUCAUGUUAUGGCGGGGGUCCUCAUGGACGCCGAGUUCGAGCGAUCUCUUUCCCUUCAGAAUUAGAGGAUUGAUCCAUGAUCAACCUCAUAUUAACAUCAUUCGAAAUUCCCGAAA